CUCUGGAGAGCUCUCCCCUGCCGCACCGCUACAGGCUGCUCCCACCCAAGAGAAGAGCGGUGAUUUUUUUUUUACCUCCUUAGUGAGUAUCAACCAUGGAUGGUUUCCAAACAAUCCUGAAAUUCUUUAUGAACCAGAAAACUGCCAUAGGUUACAGUUUCAUGGCGCUGCUGACCAUGGGAGGUGAACGUGUGUUUUCUCUUGUUGCUUUCAGAUGUCCCUGCAGCAAUGAAAACUUCAGGUAUGGUUUGGUAUUCCUCUUCUCCCCGGCUUUUGUCUUGCUGGUUAUUGGAUAUUUCAUGAACAGCAAAACCUGGAAACUCUUCACAGGCUGCUGGGUGAAUCCCAGGAAAAUAUUCCCCAGGGGGAAUAUCUGCCACUUCUUCUAUGUCUUUGGACAGAUCACUUUAAACGCCCUGGUAGCCCCAGUGAUGUGGCUUUCGGUGGCGCUGCUCAACGGGACUUUUUACGAGUGUGCCAUGAGCGGCUUGAAAAACCCUGCCUACUUACAUGCAGUUUGCAACAGCAAAUCUGCACAGUGCUUGCAAGAACUGCACAAGGUGGCCUGUGACAAGAGCUCCAUGCCAGCUUCAGAGAGCGACGAGCUGAAGCGAACUCUUCAAGCACAGUCCCAGAUCUUAGGCUGGUGUGUGAUAGUUACCACAGCUCUCCUCUCCCUGCUAACCACAUGCUGUGCCAGCUGCCAGUCGAAAGUCAGCCACCUCCAGUUGAUGUUCUGGAGGGUGUAUGCCCAGAAGGAGAAGGAACAACUGGAGCAGAUUUUCCAGCUGUAUGCCACCAAGCUGAGCGAGCGCAACCUGAAGUGCUUCUUUGAGAACAAGGAGCCAGAAAUUAUUCCUCUGCCAGAUUUUCAGGCAUGGGAAGAUGCUUCCCAGCUCCAUUCCUUCAGCAGCAGCAAGCAGCAUUAUAGCACAAUUCACAGGCUAGUUGAAGAAGGCCAGAAAGAAAUCAGUGAGGAGAGAGAGACAAUGCUGGACUUUGUAGACAGAAGGGACAUACCCUAGGCCAAAUAUAUUUUCAGGGUUUUUACACCCUGCUAACACAGAAUACUUCUAGCUGGGUCCAUCUCUGUAUCU